AUGGUACUUGAUGAGAAGAUCUCAGGAAACACAGAGGACAUUCCUCUGGUACGCUGGAGGCAGCAGUGGCUGGAGAAUGGCACUUUGCUUUUCCACAUCCAUCACCAAGAUGGCGCUCCCAGCCUCCCUGGACAAGACCCAACUGAAGAACCCCAGCAUGAGUCAGCAGAAGAGGAAUUGAGGAUCCUGCACAUCUCAGUCAUGGGUGGCAUGAUCGCUCUGCUGCUGUCCAUUCUGUGCCUGGUGAUGAUCCUGUACACUCGCCGGCGCUGGUGCAAGCGCCGCCGGGUACCCCAGCCCCAGAAGAGCGCCAGCGCUGAGGCAGCCAAUGAGAUCCACUACAUCCCCUCUGUGCUGAUUGGCGGGCAUGGGCGGGAGAGUCUUCGCAAUGCCCGUGUGCAGGGCCACAACUCCAGCGGCACCCUCAGCAUCCGAGAGACCCCCAUCCUGGAUGGCUAUGAGUACGACAUCACAGACUUGCGCCACCACCUGCAGAGGGAGUGCAUGAACGGAGGGGAGGACUUUGCAAGCCAGGUCACCCGCACCCUGGACUCCCUGCAGGGCUGCAACGAGAAGGCAGGGAUGGACCUCACACCAGGAAGCGACAACGCCAAACUGUCGCUGAUGAAUAAGUACAAAGAUAACAUCAUCGCCACCAGCCCUGUGGAUUCGAACCACCAGCAAGCCACCCUGCUCUCACACACCUCCAGCAGCCAGAGAAAGAGGAUCAACAACAAGGCAAGAGCUGGUUCCGCCUUCCUGAACCCUGAAGGAGACUCUGGCACAGAGACGGAAAACGACCCCCAGCUGACCUUCUAUACUGACCCCUCGAGGAGCCGGAGGCGUAGCCGAGUGGGCUCCCCCCGAAGUCCUGUGAAUAAGACCACCUUGACACUGAUCAGCGUCACCAGCUGCGUGAUCGGUCUCGUGUGCUCCUCCCACGUCAGCUGCCCCCUCGUUGUCAAAAUCACCCUGCACGUCCCCGAGCACCUGAUCGCCGAUGGGAGCCGCUUCAUCUUGCUGGAGGGGAGCCAGCUGGAUGCCAGUGACUGGCUGAACCCAGCCCAAGUGGUUCUCUUCUCUCAGCAGAACUCCAGUGGGCCCUGGGCCAUGGACCUCUGUGCCCGGCGGCUCCUGGACCCCUGCGAACACCAGUGCGACCCUGAAACUGGUAGGCGGGAGCACCGGGCAGCGGGGGAAUGCCUUUGCUAUGAAGGUUACAUGAAGGAUCCAGUACACAAGCAUCUUUGCAUUCGGAAUGAAUGGGGCACAAACCAGGGGCCUUGGCCUUACACAAUAUUUCAGCGGGGCUUUGACCUGGUUUUGGGAGAACAGCCUUCUGAUAAAAUAUUCAGAUUCACCUACACCCUUGGGGAGGGCAUGUGGUUGCCCCUCAGCAAGAGUUUUGUGAUCCCACCAGCUGAACUGGCCAUCAACCCUUCAGCAAAGUGCAAGACGGACAUGACAGUGAUGGAGGACGCCGUGGAGGUCAGAGAGGAGUUGAUGACCUCAUCCUCCUUUGACAGCCUGGAGGUUCUCUUAGAUUCCUUUGGGCCAGUGCGCGACUGCAGCAAGGACAAUGGGGGCUGCAGUAAGAACUUCCGGUGCAUCUCAGACCGCAAGCUGGACUCCACUGGUUGCAUGUGCCCGUCCGGCCUGAGUCCCAUGAAGGACAGCUCUGGCUGCUACGACCGCCACAUUGGGGUGGACUGCUCAGAUGGCUUCAAUGGCGGCUGUGAGCAGCUGUGUCUCCAGCAGAUGGCGCCCUUCCCGGAUGAGCCCACUUUGUACAACAUCCUCAUGUUCUGUGGGUGCAUCGAGGAUUACAAGCUUGGUGUGGAUGGACGCUCUUGCCAGCUCAUCGCAGAGACCUGCCCAGAGGGCGGUGACUGUGGGGAAAGCAGGGAGCUUCCCAUGAACCAGACCCUCUUUGGGGAAAUGUUCUUUGGUUACAACAACCAUUCCAAGGAGGUCGCUGCUGGGCAAGUGCUGAAAGGAACAUUCAGGCAAAACAAUUUUGCUCGGGGUUUAGACCAGCAACUGCCAGAUGGUCUUGUGGUGGCCACUGUUCCCCUGGAGAAUCAGUGUCUGGAGGAAAUCUCAGAGCCCACCCCUGACCCUGACUUCCUGACAGGGAUGGUGAACUUCAGUGAGGUGUCUGGAUACCCCGUGCUGCAGCACUGGAAGGUCCGGUCUGUGAUGUACCACAUCAAACUCAACCAAGUGGCCGUCUCUCAGGCCCUCAGCAACGCUCUCCAUUCCCUGGAUGGGGCUACAUCUCGUGGGGAUUUUGUGGCCUUACUGGACCAGUUUGGCAACCACUACAUCCAGGAAGCUAUCUACGGCUUUGAGGAGUCCUGUUCCAUCUGGUACCCAAACAAGCAGGUCCAGCGACGACUCUGGCUGGAAUAUGAAGACAUCAGCAAAGGCAACUCUCCAUCCGACGAGUCAGAGGAACGGGAAAGAGACCCUAAGGUGCUGACAUUCCCAGAAUACAUCGCCAGCCUGUCAGAGUCUGGCACCAAGCGCAUGGCAGCUGGGGUCCGCAUGGAGUGCCAGAGCAAGGGACGGUGCCCCUCAUCCUGCCCCCUUUGUCAUGUGACAUCCAGCCCUGACACUCCUGCUGAGCCAGUUCUGCUGUAGGUGACCAGAGCAGCCCCCAUCUAUGAACUGGUGACCAACAACCAGACCCAGAAGCUCUUGCAGGAGGCCACCAUGAGCUCUCUGUGGUGCUCAGGGACUGGAGACGUCAUCGAGGACUGGUGCCGAUGCGACUCCACCGCUUUUGGAGCUGAUGGACUCCCCACCUGUGCACCUCUCCCUCAGCCUGUGCUGAGACUCUCCACCGUUCACGAGCCCAGCAGCACUCUUGUGGUCCUGGAGUGGGAACACUCGGAGCCUCCGAUCGGGGUGCAGAUUGUAGAUUACCUUAUUCGUCAAGAAAAAGUCACUGACAGGAUGGACCACUCCAAAGUGGAGACAGAAACGGUGCUGAGCUUUGUGGAUGACAUCGUCUCCGGAGCCAAGGCCCCCUGUGCCAUGCCUUCUCAGGUGCCAGACAGGCAGCUCACCACCAUCUCUCUGAUCAUUCGAUGCCUGGACCCUGACACCAUCUACAUGUUCACCCUGUGGGGCGUGGAUAACACCGGACGGCGCUCCAGGCCCAGUGAUGUGAUUGUGAAGACGCCUUGCCCCGUGGUGGAUGAUGUCAAAGCCCAAGAAAUAGCAGACAAGAUCUACAAUCUCUUCAAUGGCUAUACCAGUGGGAAGGAGCAGCAAACGGCCUAUAACACCCUCCUGGAUCUGGGUUCUCCUACCCUACACCGCGUCCUCUACCACUACAACCAGCACUAUGAGAGUUUUGGAGAAUUCACCUGGCGGUGUGAGGAUGAAUUGGGCCCCAGGAAAGCUGGCCUCAUCCUUUCUCAGCUGGGGGACCUCAGCAGUUGGUGCAAUGGCCUCCUUCAAGAACCCAAGAUAAGCUUGCGACGCGGCUCCCUUAAGUACCUGGCCUGCCGCUACAGCGAGAUCAAGCCCUACGGACUUGACUGGUCAGAGCUCAACCGGGACCUCAGGAAGACGUGUGAGGAACAGACCCUGAGCGUCCCUUACAACGACUAUGGGGACAGCAAAGACAUCUAGCACCAUGAUGCCAGACGGUGUGGCUGCCAAAAGGAAGCAGGAGAGAGGAGAGGAACAUCUGGGUUGGUUUGUGGAUUUUUAAUAUUUUUUAAUGGAACAUUAAAACCUCUAAACCAGGGAGAGGCAAUAUCUAAACCAGGGAGAAACUGAUCCUUGCUCCCGGUAGAACUUCUUUGGUUAUGACCUUCUCCAUCUGCAUGGUCGGUAGAGCCGCCAGUCGGCAGCUUCGAGCAGUGCCAUUUCUCCGCAGGGGGUUACUUUGGGGCUUGUUUCACAGUUGAUUUGUUUCAUUUACUUUUUGUUUUCCAAGAGGUUCAUCAAAAUGCUCAAGAGUUCUGCUGUGCUUCCCAUGAAAGGUCUAUCAGGUCGAGGCACCCUGUGCUUGCUGAGUCCCUGAGUCCGUUAGCUGGGGACAGAGAGGAGGUCAGAGAGUUGCUAGACUGCCCUUAGGCCCCAGCCCCACACUUUCCUCAGGAAGCAUCUCACUCUGGGAGCCUAAGCUCUGCUCACAAACACAACAGGAAAAUUGGGAGGGCAGCCUCUGUGCGGGGCUCAUGGUUUUCCCCUACACCUUCCCGUUGCUUGUUUCACACCUCCCUGGUGAGCUGAGUCUCCAACACGGGACCCCGCAAGCCUUUGGGAUUUUUUAGGUCCUCACCCGUUUUAAGACAGGAUUGGAAGGAAAUCUCCCUCUCGUGGAUCUUUGCCUCUUCUCCAAACAAUAUGAUCUUUAAGAGGCUACAAAAUGCUACCUGUCAAAACAGUCUACCUGGGAGACUUAUUAGCAGUCAUAUUCUAGAACAGAAGUAGAGUUGAUUAUUCUAAAAAAAAACCUGCUGUGUCUUCAGGACAAACUUAUCCAGACUACCAAUGUACGUCACACACCUGGAUUCCCUUUAGUGUCCGAGUCACUUAACCCUGGACAGAGAAGGCAUGGCCAACACCUGCUCUGGUCCACGAAGGCCUGAUACCUCCAUGUCAGUGUUUCCGCAAACUAAAGCUCUUACUAAUCCCCUCAAAAAACUAAUGUCCAUUUCUCCCUUGCUAAAUUUGCUUAAUUAUGUUGCUAGCUUUAGAGAUCCUUUCUCUGGAUGGCCAUGCACAGGACAGUACCACGGUUUUCACCUCCCAUCUAGCUGCCAGGAGUAGCCGAGGUUCUGUGUAGGCAAGUAGGGGCCGGGCCCUUGGCUCUGCCCCCUGACCCUAGUGUUAUUGCCACAGAUAUAAGUAGUGGCCCAGCUAACAGGAAGCCCAGCCUCUCAGCAAGAGCUUUGAGGGCCAUGUGGCCUAGCAAUGGCCUUAGCUGUCCCCACACACCUCAGAGGCCUCAACACACACUUCCAGUCACCCUGCCUUUGACCAAGGCUCCUCAUUUGGAAACACAAGAGAAAGGUCAGGAAAGAGAUGUAGGACCUAUAUUGAACUCUACUGACUUUUUUCUAAAUAGUAAUGACAGUUCCCAUUCAUGGAGUGCUUCCCGUGGGCCAGAGGCUGUUCUGAGCACUUAACACAUCAUCGAAUCUUCAGGACAACUUCCCGCCCCCACCACCAAGGAGGUGCUCUUCUCGCCCCAUUUCAGUGAUGAGGAACCCCAGGCACAGAGAGGUUAGGCGGCUUGCCCUGAAUGCCUCCUUUCCCACUGCCCAAACCCGAUAGGAAUUCAGGCUGGUGGACCCUGGCGUCCUUGGAUGCCUUUAGCCCAGGGCCAGUCUGCCUGUGGCAUGCAGCUGUCCCCUCUCCAAGCUCCACAGGGACCUGCACAAAGCACUUUCACCCUUCCAUGCCUGCGUGGGACAGAUGUGCCCACGGUGCACCUGAACUCGGCCGCUGGAGCACCCUUAGGGAUCACAAGGUCUGUGGCAUGAGCUUUCCCCUGGGGCCUGGUGGCGGGGCCUGGGGUGAGGCUGCAGCCUCUGGUGGCCUCACGCCCUGCCCAGUGUCUUCCCAUAAAUGGACUGAAAGAUUUGUC